AUAGGAGUAGUGCGCGGGUUCUGGGUCUAAAGUGUGGCGGAAGUUCUCUGCUUCCCAUGUGUUUUAGCUGCAUUCUCUCCUGGAAGCUAUGGCCGCUGUGUCCGGUUCUGUUCCGGGCGGCCACAAGAGGAGCCUGGCAGAGCUGCUCGCUAACAGGCCUAAGAAAGCAGAGAGGAAAGCUGAAUCCAGCAAUAACAGCCUGCAGGAGGCCGCCCUGUAUCUGCUAAGCUGCCGUCAAGAUGUAAAUCAGUUUCUCUUAGAGGUAGAAGCUCCUCCGUGUAAGAAGGAGUGUCUUAGUGACUGCUCAGCUCCUGGUCAAUUUCAGAAGUCUAUGACAGUUACAGAAGCAUUCAUUGCAUCUGCAUUGCGAGAUCAAGCCUUACACUUGAAUUUACCACCAAAUAUACUGGGUGCUAAAGCAGCUGUGUCUAACAUCCAGAAGAUUUGCCAUAAUGAAAUAAAUGUGGGUGAAGGAACAGUACUAAGUCAAGAGCAGAGGAACAGACUGAUUGGUUUUCUAAAGACAUUGAAGGGACUUUUAUCAGAAAAUUGUUUCAGUCGCUCAGUUUUUUUAAAACAGAUCUGGGAACAUGAGCACCCUCCUUUGUUAGAAGUUGUAUGGCACUUACAAAAUUUGGACAUUGUCGGACUUGAGGAUUUUUUAGAAAGUUGUAAAGACCCUUGCUCUGCAGUGGACUGGUUCUUCAGAGAGUUGCAUUUACUCUUCCAGUACAUGGAAAAGUCACAUGAAGUAGAAUUAUGUGAACAGAUAAUAACCAGUUCCUUAACUGUGUUGAUUGGAAAAGCUUUCAAUAAGCCCUCUAUAUCUGGAAUGACUUCUGAAUGUCCCAAACUUUUCAAGAUUUCCCUCUCCUUAUUGGAUAGAAUGCUUUCCUGGUUCCUUGAUUUCAUACCUGAAACCCAACAUGAUGAGUCUUACAAGCCAGGAGUAGAGCAGUACUGGUUAAUGGCUUAUAAUGCUUCAAGGUACAGAGCAUGUGUGAUUCCAGAAUUACUAGAGGAUUUCUUUACCCAUACAUUAAGUCAGACCCUUAUCUUCAAGCCAAAGCUGAAAGUAUCUGAUGCCAUACGAUUACAGGGAAGUUGGAGCUUUGUAAAAACGUGCUCACUGCUAACAGACUUGUACCGGAAGUUGUUUGUUUUGCUCAGUGCUGAAAGUCUGUCUUCCUGCAUACAGAGGGUCUUGGAUACGCAGGAGGUCAAUUGGCACCAUGUUUUAGCCUGCAUUUCAUGCCUAGUUGUUUGCCAGCCUGAAGCCCAAAAACUAUUGAAAGAUCUUUUGAGCAGUCUCCUGUCACAAGCUUUUGAGACUUAUGAGCUGGAGUAUUUAAUCACAGCCUUUCUCAUUGCUCGGCAAGCGGCAUUGGAAGGACCUUCUGCAUUUAUGUCCUACACAGAAUGGUUUAAGUGCACGUUUGGUACUGCCAGUUCAUACCAGAAUACCACCAAGAAGUCACUGGUUUUCCUCCUGAAAUUCCUUUCUGAUUUGGUCCCACAUGAAACAUCUCAGUACUUAAAAGUUCACAUAUUUAAUCCACCAUUUGUAGCAGCAAAAUUCCGUCCCCUGUUGAUGGAGUACAUCACAUUGGCUAAAACUCGGCUUUCAGACAUGAAGGUUUCUAUUGAAGACAUGGGCUUGUAUGAAGACCUUUCAUUUGGUUCCACCAAAGAUCAGGCACAGCCUCAGGCACAACAAGAUGUCGAGAAAGCUGUUCAGAUAUUCCAAAAUACAGGCAAGAUUCCAACAAGUGUAAUGGAGGCAAGCAUCUUCCGGAGACCCUAUUUUACAUCUAGAUUCCUGCCUGCAUUGCUGGCCCCCAGAAUCCUCCCAGUGGUUCCAGACUCGCUUAUGUUACUCAUUGAUGCACUAAAAAGAGCUGAUAAAAUUCCCUCUAUCAUGAUGAGCUCUUAUUUUGAUUCCUGCGAGCUGGAGAAACACAGAAAUCUGGAAGGAAAUGGGAAAAUAGAUGUGUCUCUGAAUGAGGAGCCAAUGGUCAGGUUACAGGCGUCACUGUGGGAACUGAGACCCUUAAUCACAGAUCCAAAGCGAUAUGAUGAGAUCUCUUCUCAAGUGGCCGUAAUCUCUGACAGACUGGCAUCAGUAUUGGGCAGCAUUAACAUGGACACUGUCCCUAUAACACUGUCUCUUUUUACUGAAUCUGUAGAGAAGCUGGAGCCACAGGAGCUGAUGGUUGCUGAUUUGAUUCUCACUGUCUUUUGCCAAUGUGUUAUGGCAGCCUCGAGUGCCAAUCCCCCUGACAGACAAGGUCCCUGGACCUCCUUUUAUGUAAAGAUGCUGUGUGGUCAUCCCAGGGCUCUCUAUGCAGUGCUAAGCAGGACCCUGCAGCUGUUCUGCCAGCAGGCAGGACUUCUGAAAGAUCCACAUGUGGUUGGACUUGCUGUUUUUUCUGUUCACCUCCAUGAAUGCCGGGCACUACUUACAACCCCAAACAUUGAUGUGAAUGCAUUAGAAAGUUUCUGGGAACUGAUACUGAACCCCCAUAGCUUAAAGUCUGUCUCUGUAAUUCUCAGGUUCUGCACUGCAGCAGUUUCCUAUGCUCGCUGUAGGUUCUCUCUAUUCUCUCCAGGGGCUUCACUGGACUGCAUCCCUCCUUUAAUUAUACGUAAGCUACAACACCUCUUGCCCAGGCUGGUCCUAGAAGCCAGAGACGAAGGGUUGAUGGAAGAGGAAGAGGAUAUUUCUGUACUUUGCUGCUCUGUGCUUUCUCUUUCAAGAGGCUGGAAGGAAGCAGCGGUCAGCCUAUGGCGCCAUUUACAGCAGCUGAUUACAGGGGAGAUUUUUGUGUUAUCUCUCAGAGACUGGCUAUUGUGGGAGAUACACUUAGGUUUGGAUAAGGAUCCUUUAUCUGACACCGAGAGGCAGGAAUAUCAACGUUGGGCUUUGAAUUGCUGCUUUCUACCAAAAUCCUGUGUAAAGGGCAGCUGUAGAAAUGAUUUAGAGAUUGCAUGUUCCACGAUGGUUGAUGCUGUGCUACAGUUUUGCUGCAGAACUGAAUCUAGAACAGGCAGUCGGCUGGCACUCGCUCACACAGGGAUUGCGGACAUUCUUAACCUUUUACAGGAAUUGGUCUGUGAUUUGGUUCACUGGGAUUUGUCACGUUCGGGUAAUCUCAGUCAGAUGACUUUCCUUUUCAACAUCUUCCAUCAAAGAUUAGAAGUGACUUCCGGCAGCAGAGGAAUGAGUGACCAGCUUAGAAGUCAAGGAGAACGUGCCAUGUGUACCAGGAUUCUUCUUGCACUCCCGUCUAAAUUACUGAUAAGCACAACUUCCAAGAGGGGAUUCAUAAGUCUAGAUUGUGAGGACUUUUUCAAAUUCAUCAACAAAGAAUUGAAAAACAUUAGUCAGCAAGGAUACGCCCUACCAUAUGACAUCACUGCUCACUUUUUUAGGGGUCUUCUGGCAGCCAGUACACAGUGUAAGGAUCCAAGUGAUGCAGUGAAUUCCAUUGUCCGUGCAGCUCACUCACAAUGUCCCAUCAUCCUAACUUCUGCUGCGCUUUGGUGGCCAAAGUUGGAUCGAGCCAUUGAGUGUCAAUGGAGCCGUCUGCUUGGAGGAAACCUGCCUAAGGAGGUUGAGACCCUAAGGGAAAUUCAAAACAAUGUGGACAGAUGCCUUUCACAUCACACCUUUCUGCCUCUCACUGACACCAUGUGGCUCUGGGCUGGCAUCCUGCAUUUCACUAUCAGGAGGAAAAAGAUGCGACAUGAAGACAUUUUACAGUCUCUUGGCAGCGAAUCUGUACAGGUAUUGGAUUCUUUGGUGUUUUUUUCUGUUAUGGAUCUCAUUCCUGUAAUACUUAAGGAGGGAGAAAAACCUAAAAAAAAAAUUGAAAAUUGUCUGGUUAUCAUAAAUUGUCUGGAGGAAAGAGGAGGCAGCUGGGUGACAGCCUUUCAGCCCAAAAAGGAAAAACAUAUGAUCCUUCUUUACCAGACCGCCUCUGACGAGUUCUGUAACUUGCUUCCUCUGGCUUUUUUCAGUUUGGCUCCUUGUCUACCAAUGGACAGGGCAGAAGUGCAGCAGGACUUUGUGUGUGUUACACUGGAGAUGUAUAGCAGAUUUCUCCAUCUCUUUAUGGAUGGAAAUCCACUUAUGGAUCAGGUCAAUACCAAUGAGAUUUUCAGUAAUGGCCGCCAGUUUCUACUAAACUGUAUACUGAAGUGCCCACCACCUAGCAGUGUAUUAAGAAGCCGCCUUUCCCAGAUAGCAGAUUCCUGGGAGGAGAAGGAUCCUGAGCUCUCUGCACUUCUGAAGAACCUUCUUCAACCAUCACAAGAAGACAAUCUAUUUGAUGAGCCUGAUCUUUUCUAAUUGUUAAACCUUGUGAUGAGAGAUUUUACUUUGGCAUAUGCUUAUAAUGAGGUUCUUCUACAAUCACCUGCCUGUAUAGGUGUUGUCCAGAGACAUACAUUUUUUUUCAGAUGGAAAAUGUUUAAAAUAGAAAUGAAUAUGAAUUUUCUUUGAGUAUGAAAGCUGUCCUGAUUUCAGCGUUUCCACAUUCAUUUUAUGACAGACAGUAAGUUUCCUUCUCCUCUUUGAUGAAAUACGUGAGGACGGCUGGCACUGUAUAUUAGCUAAGAUAAUGUGCUAAGUUAGACAGCUAACCCCCUUUAUGCAUUGAUAAGGGAAAAGGAAGGUCUCUGACUGUAUCAAAACUAAAAUGGAUGUGAAGGUACUAGACCCAGCACUGAAAUCAGGACAUAAAUUUAAAGGGGUUGUCCAGCAAAAAUGUUUGUCCUAAAAACAUGCCCAGGCUACCUCGUUAACUGUAUUUACCUUGGUUCCCUAAGGCUUUUGUACCGCUGUUUUUUACUUCUUGGUGCCGAGGUUGAAUAUGUCAAGAGUGCUGCUCAGCUAAUCACAGCACUAGGAAAUAGAGAGCCACAUCUAAAUAGUGGCCCAGAUUUACUAAAAACAUUUAUUUUCAUAGUAAAAAAACUUUGCUUCCAUUAGAAAGAGCUUAUUGUGAGCUCUUAUAUUUUGUCAGUUACAUUUUACAGGGAGGCUGAUACUGUAUAGUGAAAAUAAGAUUAAAUUUAUUGCUUGAAAUGUCUAA